AGACACCUGGCUCAUGGAAGCUGGGGGCACAGAGGGUCGGUGCGCGGCGCGCGCGCAAUCUUCGCGGGUGGUGAAUGGAGCAGCUGCAGGCGGAAGAUGUGGACGACCUUCAGGCUUCCCCUGAUGUGCCUGCGCGCAUCUGCUCCGUGCACGGAAACAAUGCUCGGGCUCUGGGCGUGGCGCUGGCACGGGUGUACCGCAGGAGGCUUGAGGCGGGGCUGGAACGCGCCAGGGGCUACUACACCGUGUUGGCGCCAGUCACGUGUUCAAUGGAGUUGUGGCGCACCCUCAGUGGCUACCUGCGCGCUGGGGUCCAGCGUUCAUGCCCCAAUGCUGCAAUGUUCCUGGAAGGACUGGAGCAGGAGCUGGGCUGGGACGUCUACCAAACGCAGCUGGACUUCGAAAUCUACACGCUCGAGCUGCACCGCCGUACGCGCGUGCGAAAGGCGCUGGCCAGGUCAAAGGCUGGCCCCGCUGGCAGCGGCAGGCCCAGCAGCGGCUCCAGCUCCGACGCCUCGAGCAGCGGCGGCAGCUCCAGCAGCCUCGCUGCGGCGUUGACGUGCGCCGAAGAGCGGGAGGGCGCAGCCGCAGCAGAGCCGCCAGUGCCCGAGCCCGCGGCCGCGAAGGAGCAGAGCAUCCACAGCGGGCGUUGCACUGGCUUCGGCCUCUCGGAGCCCGGGGGCGCCCAGCUCGUUGCGCAGACGGUGGAUCUGCCAGGGCUGUUGUACGGCUACGGCGACUUCGAUUGCGUGCUGCGUCUGCGCACUGCCUCGGGCUGCACGCUGGCGUACGACACCGACGGUCGGCUGUGCCCUAUUGGGCUCAACUCCGCGGGCCUAGGGGUCGGAGUAUUCAAUUUGCACCAGACGCAAACAGAAGGUUUUGAGCAGCCGUCGGUCUCAGUGCAAGCCCUCGUGUGGGAGCUGCUCCUGGGCGGCCACACCUUGGCCUCGGCCGAGGCCUUCCUUCGGGAGCUGCCGGUGCCGCCCAUGUGCGGCAGCGCGCUGGUGUUGACCGACGCCAGCGGCGCGGUGAUCGUGGAGCUCAGCCCGGCGGGAGCGUGCUUCUGCGAGCGGGUUGCUGGCGAGCCCACGGUGCGCGCCAACCACGCGCUGCACCCUCAGAGCGCGAAGACUUUCGGCGAGUCUGGGCGCGCCUGCGCGGACUCGCGCAAGAGGCAGAGGGCCCUCACGGAGCAGCUGGAGCGCUGGGGGCAGCUCCGCUCGGCCGAUGACCUGUCUCCUGGUUGCGAGGAGGCGCUGGCCAUGCUGAGGGGCGCCAAGAAGGUGCGCAACCAGAGCUCCCUUGCCGCAGUCGCAUGCGACCUGCUGCGCGGCGAGCUGCGUGUGGAGUUCCGCGAGCGGCAGGAGGUGAGCUCGGAGGAGAUCGCCAGGCUCGCUGUGAAGGUCGGGAUGGCGCCCGAGAAGGUGGAGAGCUUCAUGUCAUCUGGGGCGAUCCAGAAGGACGCGGGGCGCGAGCGGCUGCAGACUGGCCUGCCGGCCGCCCACACCACGCGCUGGGCGGCGCAGAGUUUUUUCUUGUCCACUGGCAGGCCAGGUCCCUCGGGGCUGCAGGCGCGGAGCGAGGAGGCGAAGCCCGAGGCAAAAAAGACUUCCUGGCAGAGAGCGCGGAGCUAGGAUGCCCUUCGCGCGCCCGACGGGCCUCUAAGGUGCUGGCCCGCCUGGUCGCCUCGUCAUCCCCCCGUGUGGUUGCAGAGCCCCUGUCAGCCUCUCCUCCUCCUGCGCCUCCCUCUGUACUCCUUCGUGUAUUAUUGCUCAUCACGUUCAUCGUGCAGGUGUCUUCUUUUACGUGUAAGGGCUCCUGCCCAGGGUUCUGCUUUAGUGGACGCGAUGUGGGUUUUAGAUCGGCGAGGUGUGAAGCAGCAGACGUCGGACUCUUCGCGCGCAGAAGUACGUGCGAGGAACGAGAGUAUCCAACACGCGUUCGGCCCGCGAGCAUGUGGUACGUGUUUUCACCUGGCGGCGUUCCAGAGGGCCCCGCUUUCGGCGCGCGCAGCUCGCCAUCGACGGAAGCCGACCGAAGACUGCCGGAAGACGGCGGAAGUGAAAUGGCGGCAGGCCCGCCAUUGGAAGGCAGCGGAAGUGGAAGCGAACAGUUUGCACGCUGUCGGCGGAAUCCUCGGGCUCCGCAGUCACAGCGUGCUGCAUCGAAGGCGUGUCCUCCCGCUGUUCUGGCGUGCACCCUGCGGGGGCGGCCGCAGAGCCCAGCCGCGGGGGGUCCUGCUGGCCACCAUGGAGGGGCUCGUUUGAUCUGCCCACCGCCUCUGGCCACUCGGCGGCUCGGACUGUGCGCGACGAGGCGAUG